AUGAGGCGUUCAGCGACGGAGUCUACCUUUACCGAAGAUGUAACUUUCCGCGAGAAUUCACGACGGAGAUCACAUAACUCGCGCAGGAGCUCGAGACCCCAUAGUCGAAGGGUGAGCACCACGGAGAAAGUCGAGAUUAGGCGUCAACGCAGUCGAAAUCGAAGUUCCACUCCUGUUCGAGUGGUAAGGGAGGAAGUGCGACAAGAAGCGAGGAGACCUCCACCUGUCGAGAGAGUCGUCGUCGAAGAGCGAAGACCUCCGCCUGCCGAGAGAGUCGUCGUCGAAGAGAGAAGGGAAGUAAGAAGGAGUAGGGAUGAGAGAAGGAGUAGGAGUAGGGAUGAGAGAAGUUCGAGUACAAGUGGCGGGAACAGUGAUGAGGUUGUGGUAAUUGAAGAACAUGAUCCACCGAGGAGGUCAAAGAGUAAGAGGGAGAGGAGGAACAGUGGAUUUCGAACAGUGGACCCAUUGAGCGUUGCGGGUGUCGUUGGUGGGGAAGCUAGGAGAGGCGAACGGAGGAGGUAA